AUGCAGGGCAUUCUGGCUAACAUGCAGUCACUUCUCUACCUUGUCGUCCUUAGUCUGGGCCUUCUUGCUGCGGCUGAAUCUCCCAUCUCUCCGUAUAGUCUGCAUGAGAAACGUACUCACAUACCUGCAGGAUGGUCGCUUCAACGAAGACACGAGCCGACAUCCGCUCUUCCCUUGCGAUUUGCUCUUACUCAGAGUAAUAUCGAUAAUAUCGAGAAACUUCUGAUGGAUGUUUCUCAUCCAGAGUCUUCAAAUUACGGUAAUCACUGGACUGCAGGACAGGUUAUACAAGCAUUUGCUCCUAGCGAGGAGACUAUCUCAGCCGUACGGAACUGGAUCCUCGAGAACGGUUUUGAGGAAGAGCGUGUCAAAGUCACUUCGAACAAAGGAUGGAUCGAGGUAGAUGCCACCACUGAGGAAGCAGAGCGUCUUUUGCAAACCGAGUACAAAGUUUACAGCCAUGCAUCUGGGAAGAAUCAUGUUGCUUGCGACGCUUACCACCUUCCGUCGCACAUCCAGCCGCAUGUUGACUUUGUCACACCGUCCGUACACUUUGAUGCUAGAUUGUCUCGUCGCUCUGAUGAGCCCGCUCGUUCGGUUGGAAAGCCUGGUUAUGGCAGCGCUCCUAAAACCACAGGCCAAGUUGAUGCUGUCGAGAUAAGUUCUACUGAUGUCUCAACCUGUGAUGAGUAUAUUACUCCCGCAUGUUUGAGGGCUCUAUACGGUCUCGACUAUACACCUGUUGCCACCGCGAAAAACAGCUUUGGUAUUGUUGAAUACACUCCCGAGGCGUACCUCCAGACUGACAUAAAUUUGUUUGCCAUGAACUUCUCCGAGGGCCUCUAUGGAGUAUCACCUUAUAUGGUGUCUAUUGAUGGAGGCUACGCGCAAACGGAAUACCAAGGUUUCGACUACAAUGGCGAGUCUGACCUUGAUCUGCAAUACGGAAUGACCCUCGUCACACCUGCGCAGCAAGUGACACUUUAUCAGGUCGGAGAUAUGGUCGAAGGUGCUUCCUUCAACAACUUCCUUGACGCCCUCGAUGGCUCGUACUGCACAUUCGAGGGUGGUGAUGACUAUACCCAGGAUGCCAUGUACCCAGACACAGAACCAGGAGGUUAUAUGGGUCCCGAAGCAUGUGGCACUGCUACACCGACCUACGUCAUUUCCACUUCUUACUCGUACAAUGAAGCCGAUCUUACUCCAUUCUACACUGCACGCCAGUGUGCAGAGUAUGCCAAACUUGGUCUGAUGGGUGUCACCAUUCUGUACAGUUCUGGUGACUACGGCGUUGCCGGUAAUGACGAUGUUUGCUUAAAUCCCAAUGGUACCCAAACAGCAGACGGAACGAUGUUCAAUCCUACUUUCCCUGGGACCUGUCCAUACAUUACCUCAGUAGGUGCUACCCAAGUGAAUCCUAACUCGACUGUCUACGAGCCCGAGAGUGCAUGCGAACAAGUUAUCUACUCUGGAGGUGGAUUCAGUAACUACUUCGCAAUGCCCAGUUAUCAGAAGGAGGCCGUCGAUUACUAUUUAGCAAACUACUAUCCCGAUUACCCCGCCACUAUGUGGAACUCCACUGGAAUGUCUCGUGGAUUCCCAGAUAUUUCAGCCAAUGGGGCAAACUAUGUUGUAGCUGUAAACGGUGCAUUUGAACUCGUUUAUGGGACAUCGUGUUCUACACCUGUCAACGGUGCUAUUUUUACCAUGAUCAACGACGCCCGUCUCGCUGCUGGUAAAAGUACCAUUGGUUUCAUCAACCCCACAAUAUACUCUACCGACUUCAGCGGCUUGUUCAACGACAUCACCAUGGGCGACAACCCUGGCUGUGGCACAAACGGCUUCAAUGCCACUCCUGGAUGGGACCCUGUGACCGGAUUGGGCACUCCUAAUUUCCCAAAGCUGAGGGAUUUUGGGUACAAUAAGGUCACCGUGGUUUCUGGUGUUUAUCUCAUAAAUGAUAUCACGAUCAAGUUAUUCAUGCUCCCUGUCAAAGUUCAGCUCGCAAUUGUUUGGCUGGUGGUCAACAGAAAUGCCAAACACGCUACUGGCUUUUAA